UAGGAUUAGCUCUCCCAAGCUGGGAUACCCAGCCGGCUACCUCUGGGUAGAACCACACUCUAGCAAUCGCUUUUUUAUUCUGUGAUGUUUGCCUCCAUGAGAAACUGUAAAACAAUUCAGUUUGAUUUAGAGUAAUCUGACUAUCCAUGGGGUGGUGUGCUGCAGGAAUUUACAUGGUAUAGCACAGUGUGAGGGUGUUAACUGAGUCUAAUGGGGCUGCUGGAUAAACUGUCGGGCUGGCUCGGCCUGAGGAAGAAAGAGGUGAAUAUUUUGUGUUUGGGACUGGACAACAGCGGAAAAACUACCAUCAUCAAUCAACUCAAGCCGGCUAAUCAUUCGUGUCAAUUAGGCCCAUUGUCAGAGGAAUGGCAACAUGCUAGUAAGACACAGGCACAAGAAAUAGUCCCGACGAUCGGCUUCAACAUUGAAAAGUUCAAGAGCUCAAGCUUGUCCUUUACAGUGUUUGACAUGUCUGGGCAGAGCAGAUACAGAAACCUAUGGGAGCAUUACUACAAAGAGAGUCAAGCCAUCAUAUUUGUCAUAGACAGCGGUGACAAAUUGAGAAUGGUCGUUGCCAAAGAGGAACUAGACACUCUUCUCAGCCACCAAGAUAUUCGCAGCAGGAGGAUGCCAGUGCUGUUCUUUGCUAACAAGACAGACCUGCAGGACGCCAUGUCUUCCGUCAAGGUCUCCCAGCUGCUGUGUUUGGAGAACAUCAAAGACAAACCCUGGCAUAUCUGUGCCAGUAAUGCGAUCAAAGGAGAGGGCCUACAGGAAGGGGUGGACUGGCUUCAAGAACAAAUUACACAAUCAUAUCAAAACAAUGAAGACAUGAAUUCAUAGAAUUCCUGUGGCCAUGGAUAUGGAUGUGUUUGCUGGAUCUCAUUCACCACUGGGAGAAAGUACCUAUCCCUUGGAAUGAUAUAGGCCUUAAACCAUCAUGACAAACAGUCUAGUACUUCAUGCUGUAGAUAAAUGAUAGUGUGUGCUGCCACUUUCAAACAGUGUUUUACUGGCAUAAGCCCUCCAUGUGGGCUUCAAGUCAAUUACAGAAACAUGUGAAACAACCUUAUUGUUAUUACUGUAUAACAUUUCUGUUCGAAGUUGCUUGUUUUCUAUGCCAUGAAAUGUGCUGUAAUAAUUUAUGAGACUGAAUUAUUCUGAAAAUCCUUCAGUGCUGAACAUGCCUGGAUGAUAAUAAAGGCUUGAUAUUUGCUCAA